CUACCUAGGGAUUUUGCGCGCAAAACUGCCAAAAGUGUAGAUAAUCUCGCAAGUUCAGUUAUUGCGUUUUCUGAUCAUUUUCAAGAAAUCACUAGAUAGACGGGAGUGGAACUAACUAACGUACGAUUAUAGGUUAAGAUGGUUGGUUCCGAAGUGCUACGUGAGAUAACUUCAAACAAUAUCCCUAAUGACAGUGUUCGCACCAAGAGUAUGAGUGGAAACGAUGUAAUGAAGCAUUCUGAUGAACAUCAGUAUCUGGACAUGAUAAGACACAUUAUCGAACACGGCCAGAAGAAAUGCGAUCGUACUGGCACGGGAACGUUAUCCAUGUUUGGAACGCAGUCGAGAUACAAUCUGAGGAAUGACAUUUUUCCACUGCUGACGACAAAGCGAGUCUUCUUCCGCGGCGUCGCCGAGGAACUACUCUGGUUCAUCCGCGGCAGCACAAACGGAAAAGAGCUGUCCGAGAAGGGCGUCCACAUCUGGGAUGCCAAUUGCUCGCGCGAGUUCCUUGACACCCGGAACCUGCAGCAUCGCGUCGAGGGUGAUCUCGGGCCGGUCUAUGGCUUUCAGUGGCGUCACUUUGGUGCCGAGUACAAGGAUAUGUACGCGGAUUACUCCGGCCAGGGCGUUGACCAGCUCGCCAAGGUCAUUCACACGAUUAAGACCAAUCCCGACGACCGGAGAAUCAUUAUGAGCGCGUGGAACCCACCUGAUCUCCCAAAGAUGGCGCUGCCGCCAUGCCACGCGUUUGUUCAAUUUUACGUAUGCAACGGGGAGCUGUCCUGCCAGCUUUAUCAGCGAUCUGCAGACAUAGGUUUGGGCGUGCCUUUCAACAUCGCCAGCUACGCGCUUCUAACGUACAUGGUAGCGCACGUGACAGGCCUGAGACCGGGGGAUUUCGUGCACACGAUGGGCGACGCGCACGUCUACGUAAACCACAUAGAUCCUCUCAAGGAGCAGCUGACGAGAGAGCCGCGCGAAUUUCCAAAGUUGUACUUCAAGAGGAAGGUCGAAAACAUUGACGACUUCACGAUGGAAGAUUUGGAGCUAGUCGGAUACAAGCCCCAUCGUAAAAUCCAAAUGGAAAUGGCUGUUUAAAAGUGUAAUGGUGGACGUUUGUUUCAUUUUUGGUAUGAACUGCAGAGCACGUUAGAUACUGGAUGUGCCGGAUCACUUUUUCCUACAUAAAAUGUAUACACUAGAUUUUUAUUAUCAUCUGAAGACUGAAACCAAAUCAUACUUGGGUAAUAAGAAAAGCAUCAAUAACAAUACCGGUUUGAUUAAAAAUAGAACGGGGAUAUUUAUGAUUCACUGUUGUGAGGUGUUUAAAUUGCAAGCCAUUCCAAACUAAUUUAGUUCAACAGAACACUCAGUAUCUAUAUUUAAUUGCUUAUAAAUAAUUUAGCUAAGCUGUAUUAUUAGAAAAGUAUAUAUAAGUCCUAAAUCCUGCAUGCUAAUGGCAUGGUUUGUUGCAGAGAUUUAAGGUAUACUACAUUGCUACUGUUUUAUGUCGUAGUAGUGUGUAUUAUUUUGAAGGAUAUCUUUAUUCUCCAUUGUAUUUUUGUAUUUUUGUAUUUUUGUGACUUUUUGUGAAGAAUAUUCUAGGGUAUACUUUUUUAAAUCCUCGUCUGAAAGUGAGUUUUAUGUUUCACCUUGGGUGAACUGCCUGAACUAUUUGAGACCAUUUUAAAUUGCCUGUGCAUGUGUGUAUAAUUGUAUCGUGCUAGUUUUCAAACCCAGUAGUUUACGACCAACGUUAUUUGUGGUAAUUUCUGUACGCUAAAUUUUAGUAUUGAGUGUUAUCACGUAAUACCUAACUACUGUAUUAUCUUACCUAAUAAAUCAAUAUUAGUCGACUUGUUAUUAAA